UUAUCCACCAACAGUUCUCAGCAAAGAGCAAGCUGGUGAUACGUGUUCUUGUGAAGGUCUUGGGAAGUUUCAGAAUGGGCGCACUAACGUUUUUCACUGCCGCUCUGGUUGUCAUGGCAACGCUUGUGAUCGGACGAAAUGAGGCAUGUCAAUGUAACCGUGAAGACGGAACGACCGUUGACAUCGGCGACACCAUCGACAACGCCUGCGGCACUGCCGUUUGCACCGACGUCGGCGACGGCAAGUGCCAGUUUACGCCCGGGUCUGACAUGAGCAGCAAAGACUGCACGACGCCGGAGGGCGUCUGCAUCCGCAGCUUCAGGGCGCCCCACUUGAACGUCAACACCUGCAAGAAAUACAUUUGUAUCCUAGGUUCGGUUAAACCACCACAAACAUUGUGUUACAAGGAUGGUCAAUGUCAAGCUAAUGUACAGCCGGAGACGAUCAAUGGCGAGGAUUGCUCCUGUAGAGUGAACCUGGACAGCGGCCGGGAGGAAUGGGGGUGUGGAUCAUUUAAAUAAAAGUUAAAUUUUGGACCUGUUACAUUGAAAAUACCCAUACUUGUGUACGUAAAUGAGCGUUCUGCUCGUCACUAUCAAGAAUAAAUAAACAUGCAGACUUG